UGUUUAUGGAUACAUGACAACCCCUUUAUUAGUGACUGAUCUUGUGCUAUUCAGCCGCACCCUGUGCACACAAGUUUAAACUCGCGCUCUGGAUUUUGAACCUCAGAGAACUGAAGUUUUGUUUCUGUCUUCCUCUGUCAGCCAUGGCGUCUGCUGAUCUGAGAGCUGAGCUGGACUGCUCCAUCUGUCUGCAGACCUAUACAGAUCCUGUAAUGCUGAGAUGUGGACACAACUUCUGCCGGGUCUGUAUUGAUUGUGCACUGGAUACACAGGACGAGUCUGGGGUUUAUACCUGUCCUGAAUGCAGAGAAGAGUUUCAGGAGCGGCCUGCACUGAUGAGGAACUUCGCUCUGCGUAAGAUUAUAGAGAAUUUAUUUGUUACUGAACAUAAAGAGACGGAAACCGGGAUCUGCUGCACUUACUGUGUGGACUCUCCUGUACCUGCUGUUAAAUCCUGUCUACACUGUGAGGCUUCUCUGUGUGAGAAACACCUGAGAGUUCACAGCAAGUCAUCAGAACACGUCUUAUCUGACCCCAGCACUUCCCUGGAGAAGAGGAAAUGUUCCGUCCAUAAGGAGAUCCUGGAGUAUUACUGCACCGAGGACUAUGUUUGUAUCUGUGUGUACUGCAGUUUGGUUGGAGAACAUCAGGGACACCAGGUGGUGGUGCUGGAUGAGGCUUCUGAGAAGAAGAAAGGAAAACUGAGAAAUAUUUUCCAGAAACUGACCACAAAGCGACAGAAGACUGAGAAAAGAGUCCAGAAUCUGGAGGAACGCUGGAGAAAAGCACAAGAAAAGGCAUCUGGAGAAACAGAUAGAGUCACUGCCCUGUUUACAGACAUCAGGAGACGACUGGACAACCUGGAGAAGAGGGUCCUGAACGAGAUCUCCAGGCAGGAAAUGGAAGAAUCACUCUCAUUCUCUUCUCUGAUCCAGAAGCUGGAAAUAAAGAAGGACGAGCUGUCCAGGAAGAUGGGACACAUUAAGGAGCUGUCUAACAUGACUGAUCCACUGACUGUCUUACAGGAACCAGAUACAGGUGACUUGUGUGAUCCUGAGGAGGAAGGAGGUGAUGACAUGAAUAGAUGUCUCCAUGAUGUAGAUGAUCUGGAUGUAGCUGUGAUCUCAGACAAAUUACAUACAUUAUGUGACAUAAUAAGAGAUAUAAGGAGAGGGAUCUAUAUGGAGGGUCCUGGAGACAUAUUACUGGAUGUAAACACAGCUGGUAAUAAUGUCCUUAUAUCAGACGACCUGAAAUCUGCAACCUGGACACAAAAUAAUCAGAAUCGUCCAGGAAGAGCAGAGAGAUUCCAGAAUAAUCAGGUGAUGAGCAGCAGGAGAUUUACCUCAGGGCGACAUUACUGGGAUGUGGAGAGCAGUAGAUCAGUGGGUUGGAGUGUGGGGAUGUGUUAUCCCAGUAUAGACAGGAGGGGGCGUCAGUCAUUCAUUGGGGAUAAUAACAAGUCCUGGAGUUUGAGGAGGUGUUAUAAUCAGUAUUCAGUGAGACAUGACGGUAAAGAUAUCCAGUUACCUGACGAGGUCUCCAGUGAUAGAUUCAGGAUAUGUCUGGACUAUGAGGCCGGGCAGCUGUCCUUUUAUGAGCUGUGUGACCCCAUCAGACACUUACACACCUUCACUGCCGCCUUCACCGAGCCCCUUCAUGCUGCAUUAUUUGUAUGGAGCGGUUCUAUAAAGAUCUAUGGUGGGAGGUGAAACCUGCCAAAAAUAAAAUGAUAACGAAAAACAUGAAAUUCUAAUUCAAAUCCCAAUUUGACAUUUCAUUUUCAACCCAUGUCUGAAAAAUGUCUGCCAAAAUGAAAAGUAAAAUGCAUUUCUUCCCUUUGAAUUUUCAUUACCAACUCCAGUGUGGGUAAUAUGUGGCAAAAAUAAAUGUAAAAUUAAAUAGCCUUUUGGCUUUUUAAAUUUCAACUUUGUCAAUGAAUUAUCAUGUCCCCAUAGUGCUAUUUUCCAAUCAAAAUUAUAAAUCAAAUGAAAAACCUAAAAUACAACUUAAAAAAGUUAAUCUGAGAUUUCAGUUUCAUCUCUUGUAGACAUUUUCACUGCCAGAAUUCAAAUCAGAAUGAAAAAUGCCACUUGUCAUAUAACAUUUAAUUUUAAUAUUGUCCAAAAUUCAGAUUCAUACAACUGAGCAGUAGUGGGCCUGGGUUAAUAUGUGAAAGGAGACUGAACAGACAGUGACUGUCCAAAGGACGGCGCUCUGCUUCUAUACAAUUCUAAUAGGUCACACACCGCUACAGAUCAGAACGCGUUUAGAAUUCCAAUAGAUGGCGCUGAGAGGAAAAUGAUGCUAGUGUGCAGAGUGACUGGCAUAAGACUAUGAAUCCAAUAGAUGGCGCUGAGAGGAAAAUGAUGCUAGUGUGCAGAAUGAAUGGCAUAAGACUAUGAAUCCAAUAGAUGGCGCUGUGACACAAUACAUUAAAUAACACUAUGCUAUGGCCAGCUUCUUGACAGUUAGCCUAUGUGGCAUCCAAGUGAAAAGCAAGGGUUCAAGGCCUUAGGUUGCUUUUUCUUUUUGUCCCACUUUAAAAAUUUUUUUUCUUUUUAACCCCUUCCCGCAUUUGGGUGUAACUGUACAUCCAGAUUACCUGUAAUUUAACGUAAUCAGGCGUACAGUUACAUUCAAAAUGUUAACUGGGGCUUUGACACUAUAAAGAGCAAAGACACCGGAGACGCUGGCAAGGAACCAAUCUGAGUGGUCCCUUGCUGCGCAGACUAACCAAUCGGAGCACGGCAGUGUAAAAAUGCCUGUUUCAACCUCUGAUCUCCAAUUUGGAGCUCAGAACCUGAAAUCAGGCAUGGUCCCCUUUGUGUCCCCGAUGCCAGAUGUGCCCCUGAUGCCCUCCGUUCACCAGUUCGCCCCCCCCCCCCCCUCGAUUCGUCCCUGCAGCCCUUCAUAAAGAUCCCCCUGGUAUUGUAUGUGAUGGUGGUGGCUCCGGGACAGUGCUGCCGCCAUCAGCAGCGAGUGUCAGCUGUAACAUACAGCUCGACACUGCUGCAAUGGUAACAUUAGUGCUGGCUCUGAUCCCAGCCAUUUAACCCCUUAAAUGCAGCGGUCAGUAGCCACCCAUGGCAUCCAUGGAGUUAACAGUAGUGAUGACCCAAGACAGUUCGCGAAUGUGCGUUCGCGAACCAUGUUUUCGCAGCGUGCCCCUUUGACUUUAAUGGCAGGCGAACCUAAUAAAACCUUCAGGUCAUAUUUGCAGCCACCAAAUACUUAGUAGAAGUGCACAAAUAGUCCCACAACAUGGACAGUGACAUACCAGA